GACCCGUCGCCCACAUUGAACCGCAUACCCUAGUCACUGUGCUGGAGAUCCUCGUUGGUGACAGCUGUGACACUGGACUAUGUAGAGUUGUAUAAUCACGAUGAAGAUUACAACGAUAUUGUUUUUUUGGAGUGCGCUGCUUAUACAGGCGACAGUCCCAUUUGAUAUUCAGCAACCUUUCAACGAACGACCUGAGGAAACUGAAGACAUCCCUCGCGGUCGUCGCGAUGUAAUCGAGGAAGAGAAGUUCCAUAACUUUCGAACCGAUAUGCGGAAGGACAAUAAUAAACAACAUAUUCCUUGGCUUCCAGGACCGUUAGCGCCCGAAGACCCGACAACUAAAAUAUCCAUCACAAACGAACCACAAGAUGUAGCACCAAUGUACCAAACUACAGAAAGCAUUACCGAUAAGCCGACCGGUCGAGGUGCAAGAGCCUCAAAUGAAAACUGGAUUAAGUUGCCUUUUCCCGCUCAAGACAAUGGCCAUAGAGACGACGUCCUAACCCCACCGCAGCCCUCCGGCGAGCUCAUCCAUUCUCGAAUGCCAAGAGUCAAUUUCGUGACCCAGAACAAAGGCCUUGAAGCUUCCGAGUCAAGAAAUGAUAAAGAAUCGAUACAAAGACCGACAAGGACCGAUGAUUUAAGAACCGAAUUUGUAAGGCCAGAAGAAGACAGAAAACAGUACAAGCCCGUUUAUCCGAGGCAGGCCGUUUAUUACCCGGAAGACAACAGGCGGCCCUACUACGAUGAUCGAUAUUACGCUGCUGACGAUUUAUACAGGCGUGAUCCAUAUUAUGAUUUAUACGAUCAGAAGAGGUACUACCCCGGCUACGGGCCGCGAGUGGACAGAUAUGAUGAAGCGUAUGAUAAUUAUGUUCCUCGGAAGCCGAAAAGGAUUAUUUAUUACGCUCAUCUACCCGAUGUUGUCCGAACGCCGCCGAGUGUCGAUCUGAGGUACAGGUACUCGGUCGAUCCGUAUAGACGUUUCGACGACGACUAUAAUGCGAGAACCGGUAGGUACGAUUACAGAUUUAGAAAUAGGUACCCUUAUGUCCCCGUGCGUAAGGAUGAAAGGAGGUUCGGAUAUAGAGACUUAGCUGGUUCAAGUACUGUGAAUAAGGACAAGAAAGUCGAUGAGAAGGUCACACCAACGCCAGUUUUGCCUCAAAAAGAAGAUAAGAAACCCAUCACAAGCAACAACAGAAAUGGUAAUAGGAACACGAUAAACAGUCACCAGUACCACGACGCUGGUGACAAUUCUUACAACCUUUCUCACAAGGCUUUCAAAGAUCAGAAUCAUUCGGAUGAUAGCUACCUCAGAUUUGACGAUUCAUUAUUUCAUAGCUCCAUUGAAGACCCCUAUAAUAGGAAGUACUAAGUAAUUAUUUGUAAACGAUAUGUAAUUCGCUUGGUUUUUCAAAAAUACGUUUGAAAAAAGCGAACUACAUAAAUAAUUAUUUUGGUACAU